AUGCCGUACCACGUCGGGUACGCAACCUCCAGUCGUGCCGCAUGCAAAGGCCCGAAGCCUUGCAACGGUACCAAAAUCCUCAAGGGCGAGCUGCGUCUCGGCACGCUCGUCGAAAUUCAAGGCUCUCAAACGUUCCAAUGGCGACACUGGGGAUGCGUCACGCCAAAGAUCAUUCGCAACAUUCAAGACAGAGACGGCAUCACCGAUGCUAUCGAUCUCAGCGGCUACGAAGAGCUUCUUCCGGUCGAUCGGGCUCGCAUCACACGCGCCUUUGUUCUAGGAGAAGUAGCACCUCAAGACAUGACUGAGUCUCUGCGAGGCAAAGAGGAGCCUGCGGCUGCCGAAGCUGCCCAGCAGCAAGCAACUGUAGCGGCCAUCCCGUCACCUGCUUCCCAACCACCUGCCAAAAAGCGAGGUCGCCCUUCUAAAGCAUCUUUGGAAGCUGCCGCGGCUGCCGCGGCUGCCGCGGCACCUGUCGCACCUAACGGUGUUGGUAUUUCAGCGGCCGCACCCCCAUCCUCGAUACAGAAGAAGCCUGGCCGUCCUCCCAAGAACACCGCUGCGCAGCCACCUGCUCCUGUCGUAGUUGCGCCGGCUGCUCUUCCUGCUGCCGCGCCCAGUGCACCGGCAACAAAGAAGCGAGGUCGUCCUCCCAAAAAUGUAGAAGCAUCAUUUGCUGCUGCUGCAAUUCCUGCUGCACCUGCUCCAACUGCGGCUGAAGCACCGCAACUCAAGAAGAGGGGUCGUCCUCCGAAGGCACAAACCGCUACGGCACAGCCCUUGGUUCCGGUGCAACAACCUUUUGCACCAGCACCCGUUGCCCCCACUGCUCCCGGUCUCGCUUCGCCCAAGAAGCGAGGAAGACCCCCCAAGAACACUGUUGCGCCCAUCUCAGCACAUGAAGCGGAGCGUGCUGCACCCGCUUCUGCACCAGCUGCUGCGGCUCCUUCUGUUCCCUCGGGCAGAAAGAGGGGCCGCCCCUCAAAGGCGUCUCUUGCUGAGGCGGCUGCAGCUGCAGCUGCAGCUGAAGCCUGGCCAGUUGCACCUUCCCUUGACAGCUACCCUGUGUCCAGUCAUGGUUCGGCUCUGGGCGCUUACCAGCCCCCUGCACCUACGACGGCGUAUGACACACCAAGUCCCAAGAAGCGCGGUCGGCCGAGAAAGGAUGCCUCAGUCGCUCAGGCCAGCCCCGCCGUUACGGCUCCCAGCUAUCCGCCUCAGCUUGUCUAUAUGGCAGCACCGACGCCUACUGUGCUUGUUGCACCUCAGGCCGCACCUGCCAAGAAACGAGGGCGCCCCAGAAAGGAGGUCAACUCGGUGGCUGCCAGUGGCGCAAGCCUGAGCCAAGUUGCCUCAGGCCCACCCAUGCCGCUGCAGCCUGCUAGCCAGGCUGCGGCUGCCGCGCCCAACUCGGGAAAGAAACGGGGCCGCCCUCCCAAGGAGAAGGUGGACGAGCAGCUGCCGGUGCCUGUCAAGCGCCCACGUGGACGACCGAAGAAAUCGGACGCAGUUGCUACUACGCCCGCUCAUUCUUUGGCACAUGCAGCACCUGCUGUGACAACGCCUCGAGCUGUUGCUCCUGGCGCCGAUGUACCGGCAAAGAGGUCGCGUGGCCGACCGAGGAAAGAUGCUCAAGCGUGA